UUUAGGCAAAUACUUACUCGACUGCCAGAAUCACAUACAAUGUUCUUGGAUAUGGAGAAUUUAUCAGUGAGUACAUUAAUUACAACAUGUCUUUGUGUUGAAUGUGAUACAGUAUGUUCUGAGCAUUAUAUAUAUUUAUUAUAUGGCAAGCAUCACUUCCAGUUUAUCUUUACAACAAUUGUGAUAUUAGUUUCUUAAAUGUGUUUAUCCUAACUCAACUUUCAUGAAGCGUCACCCCCUGCACACAUCCCUGCAUACUCCCCUGCACACAACCCUCAUAGCACACAAACCCCAGUAAAUCCAUCCCUGGAGUAGGGUGUAUCAGGGUGCAAUGCACAUUAAUGGGUUAACUAAUUCAUUGCACAGUGCUCCAGGGCUGCAAAUAAAUCUUUGACUUGACGGGACAUUUGUCCGACCAUUUUUAAUUUUGGUUGGACAUAACUUGAAUUUGGUCGGACAAAAACCAACACCACUAAACUUGGUCGGAAAUAUAUACGUCACAAGAUAUCUAUGUCACGAGACAAGUAUGUGUAGCCAUUCCGGCGCAACGUUAAGUAAAACGCUAGAAUGCCUCGUAAAUUUUAUUGCAAAAUGCAAAUUGAGUCAAUUUGCAAUCGGAUUUUGUCACAGCAAAAAAAUGUAUAAUGUGACAAUUUUUUUUUGUGAUCGGACUGAUGUCCGAUCAAAAUUACUUUUGCUCGGACAUUUGCCAAAUUUAGUCGGACAUUGUCCGAUGUCCGACAGUAAUUUGCAGCCCUGGUGCUCACCACUCUUCCCUUGACAAUCAUCUGGAAUUGAUCAUGUGAUCAUCUCUAUUUCAGUCAACAACGCUAGCUCGUGAAUCAUUGUUAUCAUUGACAUCUCAAAGAACUGGGGAAUGGUUCAAAGAAGAGAUGAGAAAGUCGGGAGGAUUGGAUUAUAUUGUUGAUUUAGGUAAAAGUUAUUUUACUCAUUGCUUUUAACUAUACAUUUUUAAAUUAACAAUUUUAUUGAUACUGAAUAAUUAUACUGUAGUACGUUCUGCAUGUAAAAACAGGGUACGAAUUAACGGCUCGCACUUCGCAAUUUGCGAAGCAUCUGUACAUUUUGCGAAGCGAAAUUGCUUGGCAAACUGGAAAAUGCGAAGUGAAAAUUUUGGAAAUAUAUUGCAUAAACAUAACGAACAUGAAUAUGAGAGAGCCGAACGCGCUGUUUUUGCUUUUAGUUUGUUUGUCUGCAGUUUAUAUUGUUUUGAAGAGGCUUUGAUUUUUGUUUUGUAGUCAGGUUGCAGUCAUACAAUCCCAAUUUAUGCUGUAAUCAAUCACGGUUAAUAUUAAGGGCGGCUAAAUACUACAAACCGGAUGUUUACUUUACGCCUAAAAGUAAAAUGGUUUGCAGUUUGUCAAAAUGCCAGUAAUUGGCGCACGGGCGUAGCCUAGGAAUGUAAUCGCAUUUCUGAAUGUUUUGACAGUUCACAAGAAAACAGGACACAUAUAUUUCGGCCUUAUUCAUUCAAUUGUUUCCUAUUGUAAGUAAUAUUUAAAUCAGUUUAGAUUUUACUUAGACUUCCUUGGGUACGCGCAGAUAUGAGAAACGUUUACAUAAAGGUUAAACGGGGUUUUUUUGUGAACAUUGGUGGCCUUGUUACUAGUAAUUAUUUUUGAAAAUUAUUUGUGAACACACAAAUUAAGUAUUGCUUGUUGCUUAAUUUAUAACUAACAUUUUUAACAAAAUGACCUGUCUUGCAUUUUAAUAUGCUAGCUGAAUAUAGUAAUAACCAGUACAGCAAGACACUGCAGAGUACAACGAAAAGUUCGUUGUCUCAAGCGGGAUUCGAAUUUGUUCGAGACAAUGAAUUUUGUUGUACUCUGCAAUGUCAGAAUAAUAUGUAACUACUUUUUCAUACGGUAUUUCUGAGGAUGUUUUGAAAUAGGCAGUAUUUAUUUACCAAAAUUUUUGCGAAGCUGUUUUGACACCUUAAUUCGUACCCUGAAAAAUUAAAUAAUUAUCUAAUUAUGCAUUGAUAUGUUAUAAUUUUAGUCUUAACAUCAGUUGUGGAUAUCAAAGACAAUGGUGCAGAACUAGCACAGCAUGAGAAAGGAAUAGAAAGCAUUAAACGAUGUUUGAAACUUAUAGAAAAUGUAAGUUUGGCUGAUAAGUGAAUGGUUGGUUCCCAACAUUUUUGAAUAUGACAUUUAAAUAUUCUCAAAAAUUCUUGUUAUUGCCUCCAUAGGUGACAUUUCAAAAUCGAGAGAAUCAAAUUUAUCUCGUCUCGUGCAGAAAGUCUUUCUUGGUUGUUGCUUUGUCCAGGUAUGUAUAUCUUACUAUAUAUGUAUAAAAUUAACUACAGUUGAACCCCCAUUAAGUGGAUAUCCCUAGUUGAACCCCUAUUAAGUGGAUAUCCCUCAUAAGGUGGACACAUAGAGGUUACAGUUAUUUCUUCAAUAAAAUGCUAUUAUCGUACGUACUUACACCUAUUAAGCGGAUCCCUCUAUUAAAAAGGCUUGAGCUCCCGAUGAGCCGAAUAACCUCUUUAAGCAGACAAAUAUGCUGUAAUUAAUGAAUUUAAAUAAGCUAAAAUUAGUUAUGUGUACUGUUACAUCCUGCUAUUCUUGCUAUUGCAACCCCCAUUAGGCAGACAUCCCUUUUAAGCGGACAUAUUGCUGAGGACCUUUUCUUCUGAACUGUUGAUCCAAUAUGUAUAUAUGGGCCAUCUUUUAUAAACUUUCCCCUUGUUGAGCAGAAUUUUGUGGUUUUAAAUUUAGAGAAAGUCAAGUGCAUUUCGGCACAUUGCAGUUGGUUAAUAUCUUUCCUUUUUAGGUUAUUAAGAGUUUGUAUUCACGCUAUUACUGAAGAUCAGCCUGGCCUGGAAUGCUGUUUCUUUAAAAUCAUACUGGACUGUGUCAAGAGCAUACUGCGUGUGUUUCUGAAUCUAACCCAUGACAAUGGUAAGUUAUCAUGUUACAUUUGCAGUAUUUUAGGAGGAAAUUUUUAAUUUUUGAAAGUAGUCCAUGAUGGGUGUGAGUUAUGCAAGACAUAUGGAAUGUAAUUUCAAUUUUUUAUAGAUUGUGAGAGUGAAACAAUUGGUCAGCAAGAUAGACUGAUUUCAACGUUGUUGUUAUGUGUUUUGCAGGUAUUAAUAACAUUGAAGUAAAUACUAUGUAGAAAAAUUACGGGGAGAGGGCUAGGCAGGGGAGGAAAGAAACAUACAGCUGUGACAUGAAUGUGGAAAUACCCAAACGAUGGCAGAGUAAACCAUGCAUGGCAGAAACUUUGCCACUUCAAUUUGUUGUCAUUUUAAUUGUCAGAGGUAGGGGUGCACCGGAACCAGUUUUUUAAGUUCCGGCUGGAACCGGAUCUGACCGGAACUGGAAAAAAGUUAAACCGGAACUAAUUUAUUAAGCCAUAUAUAGUCAUAUGUCCGCUUUGUCCGCUGCCAGACAGGAGACACUUCAAGUCAUCAAGGAGAGAGCUCACAAAUGUUAGAAUAAAAAGAUUGACAAACGUUAAACGUCAUAAUGAAGUGUUAAUAGUGUACAUUUCCCUUCCGUAGUCCAAAUUUUUUCUUACUGUGACCUUUAGUUAGAAUAUCAAACGUUUUUGUGUCUAUCUCUCAGAAAACGACAAAGUUCCGGUUCCGGCCAUUCUUUUUAUAUUAGUUCCGGCCGGAACUGGGACUCUAAAAAAUCGGGGUUCCGGCCAGAACUAACCGGCCGGAACCAAGUUCCGGUGCACCCCUAGUCAGAGGAACCUUACAGCUCUGAGUUGGUGGGUUCAAUUCUUGUUGCGGACUCAUGUGAAAAGAGUCAGUCAACGCUGUCCCGAAAGUCGUGUGUUUUCUCCACAGGGAAAGUGGGUUAGGAUAAACACAGUUAAAGGGGCAGUGUCACGGUUCUACGGCGCAUCCAAAAUAUGUGCGAACUUGAAAAACUGUCUGCCAAUAAUUAAUCAAGUUAGGAGUGAAAUACAACAUACUAUUUAUAAUCCCUUUGUUAUGCAGGACAUCCUUGCUUUGUUUUAAAAAUUGAAGGCUGCUGCAUAAAUAAAAUAAUCUAGACUAUGUAUGUAAUUAGGUAAGCGUAUAAUACCUGAUUUCAUCAUAUCCACAUAUACAGUAAAUUUGCGCUAUAGAAAUGCUAAUCGUAAUUAAAUGUAAUUGAAUACACACACAUGAACCAGAGCACAUCAACAAUACUUUUGGUUUUGAAAUCUAUUUUUGGCUAGCUCCUCCCACUUAGUAUGUCAUAGCUAUAAAUACACGGAUACUAUCUGUGGUGAAAUAGAGUGUUGAUUGAUUUAGAUAUGUUUACUUUCCAGGUGCCACAGUUUGUCUCAAUGGAGGAACAAUUUGAUAUUCUAGUUUUGGUAAGUUUAAAUAUCAAGGAUGGGUUGACUACAAAAUUUUUUGUAGUUUGCUAUAACUACAGCUACUUCAAAAAUAUGUAGUCAGCUACAACUACUGCUACUUUUGAACAAAGGUAGUUCGCUACUGACUGCAGCUACUGCUUAUAAAAUGUAGCGAACUAUUUCGCUAUUUUGCUACACUAUAUUUUUUAGUUUUACUAUAUUUGGAGCAUCCACUAACUCAGGCUGUAAUGUAAUCUAUCUAUAACAAAUCGACUUACGAGUAGCAACAGUAAACACAAAGCAACAUUUUUGUAAGCACUACAGUGUUCAGAAGUGCAAAUUGACUAUCGAGUGUUGAUUUUAAGCAAACCAUGUCUCAAUAUCAUGCUAUUCUAUCAAGUUGCUAACAAUUUUAAAAAGUAGCGAAUAGCGAUUCGCUGUUUGAAAAGUAGUCAACUACUUGGCUACUUUUAGGCAAAAUGUAGUUCGCUAUAACUACAACUACUGUUUAAAAAAAGUAGUCAAAAACUACUGGCUACUUGAAAAUUGUAGUUCGCUACAGUAGCGAACUACAACUACUUCACUACAACCCACUCUUGUUAAAUAUUAUUUAAUUUUAACAAGAGGAGACAGUUUUUUGACAGUAUUUUGAUAAGUGGCAAGUGAAGUUUUGUUUUGUUUGCAAAGCGAUGUUCUAAUUGUCAUGUAUGCCUAUAGAUCCAUUGCUGUUUGCUUAAUUGACCCUCCACUUGUUCAGGAAAAUUGUCUGGCUUUAGUAUACCUGGCAAGGUUUAGGAUUCAAUUUUUGCUACAGAAACACUGUGGCAAUAUCCGAAUCCUAAACCUUGCCUCAUAUAGGCUUUAGACAGAGUAAAGUAAUACACAAUUACCGUACUUUAUGGUUUCCGUGUUUGGAUGGCCUGAUCCAAAAGUUAAGAAAAGAGAGCAAAACACGAGCCGAAGGCGAGUGAUUUUGCACGCUUUUCUUAACUCGAGCAAUAUAUGAAACCAAAAAGUAAUUUUGAAACCAAAAAAUAAUUAUAUAUAAUUAAUAUUUAUAUAUGAUAUAAAUGUUAAUAUAUAAAUAUUAAUAUUUCAUAUAUAAAUAUUAAUUAAUAAUUAUAUUAUUAAUUAAUAUUUAUAUAUGAAACCAAAAAGUAAUUGUUUCAUAAAAGAACAACAACACGAUAGUCUUCCAUGUUUGGGUGGCCUGAUCCAAACAUGGGUUUCAGCCAAUCAGAGCACAUGUUAUAUACAUGUUAUUUUAAGAUUGCGUUAGACUCUGUCAAAUUGAUGUAUAUUAACCCAUUAAGUUCAAUUAUGCCCUUAUGCAGCCUACUUUUUUAUUUAACUCUGUCUAACAGCAGCAAUUUUACUUGUCAAGGGGACUGGCACUCAGAAUGGGAAUAAGUGAAAUUUAUUGAAUUAGUUGUAUUCUAAUCAUAAUUGUUACUUCACAGGCAUUGGGACUCUUGAUUAAUCUAAUGGAACACAGUAAACAAAAUAUUGCCUCAUUGGUUGUGGUCAAGACUCGAUUAUCCUAUGAAGACUCACAGAGCUGUAAAGAUUCCAAGGAGAGCGAGAAAACUGAAAGGGGAAAAGAUGUUCCAGCUGUCGAGGCCCUAGUUAAUCUCUUUCAACUACGUGCACAGGCCGCUAGAGACAGCGAGGCAAUGAACUGUGAAUUAACAAGUAUGUUUUGUAGAGUAAAUCCAUUUGCCGAGUCAAAUCCAAGUCUGAGUCAGUCCCGAGUCUGAGUCAAACGGCCGAGUCGCGUAAAAAAAAAGGACGAAAGUGAAGAAAAUUCACAGUCGAAUAGGGUUAGGUUUAGGGUUAGGGUACUAACUCAUUUUAUCGACAAAGACAGUUAAACAGUGACUCGGACAUUUGACUCGAAUUCAGAUUUGAGUCGGUCAGUAACCGACAAACUCCGAAAUUGAAUAAAAUUCACAGUUGAAUAGGGUUAGGGUAAGUUAGGAGUGGGAUUAUGGUUAGGAUUAGGGUACUAAGUCAUUGAACUGCAAAGACCAUCGAUUAAACAAUGACUCGGACAUUUGACUCGGGCUCGGAUUUGACUCGGACUCGGAUUUGACUUGAUUAACCGACAAACUCAUGUUUUGUACAUUGAUUCAUUAAGUGGCAGCACUCUCACCUUGACGAGUAAAAUUGUCUGACAUGAUAGCCAGUGUCCUGACACUUUGCCACUUGAAGGGUUAAAGUAUAAAACAGAUUGAGCUCUCUAGUGAAUAAAUUUAAAAUAUGUUUCCCAGAUGGACAAAGUGACGAAUUAAAACCCACGCAAGAUGGCCUUGGCUGGGUGUGUGGAGAAGAUAUAGAUGUGACGAGAACAGAAGAACCAGAGGUGUUGGAAAAAUCAACAACAGAUGAUGAAAAUAAAGAAGAAAAAUCUCUUGAAGACGAGAUUGGCGAAGGUUAGUCACUGUUGUUGAGAAUUAGACCUAAUUGAAACCGUUGACAGAUUUUUUCUGGGAGGCGCCAAAAAUUCAAGGGGAUUGGUGAGCGAGUAUUGUCCAUCCCCUGCAUUCCCCACACAAAAUCUGUUUAUGAUUCAAAUGCUGCUUAAUUUUAUCAAAUGCUUAUUGUUUCUAAAGUUUGGUUUUUACUCUAUUAUUUCAGCUCUCCAAAAAGCUGGUAAACAUAUGGAGGACAGCAUGGUUGCAUCAUAUGUUGCACUUCUUUUGGGUUGUCUAGCCAAAGAUAAUAAUGUAUGUUUAUUUUUCAUUUUUUAUUAUGUGCUAAGGCGUGCCCUAUUUUAGUAUUUUACUCUGUCUAACACAAGAUGAUUUUACUUGUCAACGGGAGAGUGAUGCCACUCAAUGGGUUAAGGGACCGGUCAUAAAGUAAAAGGGGGGGGGGUGGGCUGGGAAAAUCAUAUAUUUGGUGUCUGCACUUUUGGUAGCCCACCCCUUAAUAGCUGCACGAAAAUUUGUAGCCCACCCUUAAAUUGGUGCUGAAAAAUUAUGACCCACCCCUUUUCCAAUUUUUGUCCGGAAAAGAAUUUUUUCGGACAAUAACCUCCCCCCCGUCGACAACUUUUUUAGGUAAAAAAAUUUUCCGGACAAGUACGUUGCAAUUGCUUUCCAAGGACUUUAUCUUAAUUUUUCAUACCAAAUUUCGGUACUUAGCCCAAAAAAACAGAUAUCUUGUUCUUUGCGCGGAAAUUUUGAACACAAAAAAAUGACUGGGGCCCAAUCUUCUGCAUAUUUUUACAUGGCCCACCCUUAUGAUUGCGCUUAACUUUCGAUGACCCACCCCUUCAACCGUGCUCAAAAAUAGUGACCCACCCCCUAUUUUUCCCAGCCCACCCCCUUUUACUUUAUGACCGGUCCCUAAUUUAACUAGACAAAAUGUGGCAUGCCAUGGGAUCUGUUUCUUAUGCAGAUCUGCACAUGUUUGGAUUAACCCAUGAUUACCAUGGUCAGGGUCUUAGCCAGGAUUUGCAACUUGGGUGUCCAAAUUUGAAAUUUCAUUUAUGACACCCAUAUUUUACCAUAUGGAACCAUGGCACCACUUCAUGCACCAGUAAUUCAAUGUAAUUAUUUCCGAAUGCUGGGAGUAAUCGGUGACCGCACUUGAGAAUCGCUCAAAAAACUAAUAAUAUAUUCAAUUAUUCAGACUAUGUGACUACUCAUUACACUGACUACAGUAGUACAGUUUAAGUAAAUCUGCCAAUAUAUUAAUCUUAUGAUUGAUAUUAUGUUGUCACUUUCAUGCUAUAAAUACAAUACUUGUAGCUUUGAUAAGCUAUAGUGUGAGUGAAGAGCAACUAAUUAUCUUAUAUAGUUAUAUUCUACGGUUUUUGGCAGCUAGGCCUAGGAAUCUUUGGUUCGGCAGAUUUGGCAGCUUGCAAGUGAGCAAUGUUUAUGUUUACCGCCCAAAAGCCGUCUUUUUUAGAAGGCCGUCCAAAUUUGAAAAUGGCCGUCCAAAAGACGGCUGGACGGUAGGCUGGCUAAGACCCUGACCAUGGUACACACUCUGCUUGAUGAAAUUGUCUGGCAUUAGACAGAAGGUCUUUUAGAUCAUACUUAUUUUUGUGCAACUUUAAUUUUAGGCCAAUCAAAACCUUAUUCGACAAUUACUACCUGAGAAUAAUUUUGAUGUACUUAUCAACACAUUAAAGACCUUUCUAGGAUUCAUGAAACUUACCGUAAGUUUUAUUCUUAUUUCGUUCAUUUUUCAUUCUGUUGAGUUAGUUAUAAAUACAAUUCUAAUUCUAAUGUUAAACUAGUGGUGGACACUAGGGCAUUCCACAUAGGGCGGGGUGGGGUGGGGGGCAACUUGUGCUGCGGGGGGUGGGGGACUUUCACUGUGGAAAUUCACUUUUUCCGGUGGGGGCCGGGCAAAGCCUCCUAAAUUUUCGACAAAACUUUGCACUCGAUAAGACUGUUUUUAGCCCUCUUUUAGCUCAAAAUUUCCGAAAAUUUCUCAAUUUUCUUUGAGGUGGGGGGGGGAUGGGCGGUCGCCCUCUGCCCCACCAGAUUUCCACCACUGGUGCCUCGAAACUCUACUGGUUAUAGAACAGAACCCACAUAUGAAGUACAGAUUAUUUCAUAUUUUUAGAGUGGUACCACAGGACAAGCAAUAGAGAAAAUCAUUGACGUAUUAAAGAACUGCUGAUGCCUAUGGUUGGUUGCUCACUUGUUCUUAUUUUAUGUUCCAUACAGUGGCGUAACACUCAUUAGGUAGGGUUAGUUCAAAAACUAAGGGCCCCGACAGUUAGGGGCGCCCAUCAGUCACAGCCUAUCGCCCAGAAAAUUAGAAAACGUAAAAAAUUGCAGGUUAAGAAUUGAUGGGAUAAUGCUAAAUAAUAAAGCCUCCAUCGACAACCGUAGCUGAUUUUUUAAUUCCAUCUCAAAUAGAACAAAAGUUAAUGUGUUGUCAAACAACGACAACGGUCAGCAGGGGCACCCACACGAAAUAUGCCUAAGGGCACCCCCUCCCUCUGUUACGCCACUGGUUUCAUAACAUUGUAAAAAGAUUAUUUUAGAAACACUACGCAAUCAGGAAUUUUAUACUUAAUAUAUCUCCAAUUUAGAAAUUGUUUAAAAAUACAAUUGAAAAUGAUAUUGAUAGACACUUGUUGUCAUACACAUCAAACAGUUCUACAAUCAACUGUCUCUAUCAUGAGCUUGACAGUCAAGCCCUUAACUUUUUCCUACCUUUUUAGCCAAUUUUUCCAUUUUAACAUAUAACAAAAGUGAGCUUGGAAUUCAGUCCAACUUGCCCAUCCAAACAAGGCUGAACACUUAACAUUUCAUCCAUUUUCGACCACUUUUUUCAUUCUUGAAAAGGGUGCAAAAA